AUGUCAUCUCCAAGCAAGAGAAGGGAAAUGGACGUAAUGAAAUUGAUGAUGAGUGAUUAUACAGUGGAGACGAUAAAUGAUGGACUCACAGAAUUCAACGUGGAGUUUAAUGGUCCAAAAGAAAGCCUUUAUGAAGGCGGAGUUUGGAAGAUUCGUGUUGAACUUCCUGAUGCAUAUCCUUACAAAUCCCCUUCUAUCGGCUUCGUGAACAAAAUAUACCACCCGAAUGUUGAUGAGUUAUCUGGCUCUGUAUGCUUAGAUGUAAUUAACCAAUCAUGGAGUCCAAUGUUUGAUCUUCUAAAUGUCUUUGAAGUUUUUCUUCCACAACUCUUGCUUUAUCCAAACGCUUCAGAUCCUUUGAAUGGCGACGCAGCAUCUUUAAUGAUGAAGGAUAGAAAGUUGUAUGACCAAAAAGUUAAAGAGUAUUGUGAGCGGUAUGCUAAGAAGGAAAACAUUUCCAACAAUGGUACAGCUGAUGAUGAGGACAGUGAUGAGGAAGACAUCAGUGAAGCAGAUACCCAAUCAAGCGAUGAUGAAAUUCCUGGUCAUGCUGACCUUUAA